AUGGCUACUUCAUGUGGUAUAAUCAAUUUCUUCAUCUUCUCGAUGCCUCUCCUUUCAUUGUUGUGUUCAUCAUUUGCACUGAAUCCCCCCAGUAAAGCCUUUAUCCUCCCCGUUGAGAAAGACCCAAAAACCCUUCAGUACUCAACUUCCAUCGACAUGGGCACCCCUGCAUCCACGCUAGAUGUAGUCAUUGACAUAAGAGAACGUUUCCUGUGGUUCGAGUGUGGCAACGACUACAACUCCUCCACCUACCAGCCUGUCCGAUGUGGAACUAACAAAUGCAAACAAGCCAAAGGCACCGAUUGCAUCACAUGCACCAACCACCCUCUCAAAACAGGAUGCACCAACAACACCUGCGGGGUCCAACCGUUCAAUCCCUUCGGCCAGUUCUUCGUCAGCGGCGAUGUGGGGGAAGACAUCCUCUCCUCUGUCCACUCAACAACCCGUGCAAGAGCACCCUCCACUCUGCACGUCCCACGCUUCAUUUCUUCCUGCGUGUACCCAGAUAAGUUUGGGGUUGAGGGCUUUCUCCUGGGCCUGGCCAGGGGCAAGAAAGGAGUGUUGGGCCUUGCAAACACUGCUAUUUCAUUACCAGCGCAACUCGCAACCAAAUACAACCUCGAACGUAAGUUUGCUCUUUGUUUACCUUCAACUUCGAAAUUUAACAAACUUGGGGAUCUCUUUGUUGGUGGUGGCCCUUACUAUUUGCCUCCUCACGAUGCUUCCAACCUUCUUGUUUACACUCCGAUUGUUACCAACCCCCGUAGCACGGGCCCAAUCUUUGACGACGGUCCUUCCUCCGAGUACUUUAUUGACGUUAAGUCAAUCAAAGUUGACGGCACAAUUGUCAACUUCAACACCUCUCUGCUGUCUAUUGACAAACAGGGACAAGGGGGCACAAAACUUAGCACCGUUAUUCCUUUCACCGUAUUGCACACUUCAAUCCACCGGCCUCUUGUGAAUGCUUUUGUGAAGAAAGCAGCGCUUAGGAAAAUAAAGAGAGUGUCUUCGGUGGAGCCAUUUGAGGCGUGCUUCGAUUCGAAAACCAUUGGAAAGACCGUGACUGGACCGAAUGUGCCAACGAUUGAUCUGGUCCUCAAAGGGGGGGUUCAAUGGAGAAUCUAUGGGGCCAAUUCGAUGGUGAAUGUUAGUAAAAAAGUGCAAUGCCUUGGAUUUGUGGAUGGAGGUUUGGAGCCAGAAAGUCCCGUAGCAACUUCGAUUGUUAUUGGUGGGUAUCAGAUGGAGGACAAUCUUUUGGAGUUUGAUCUAGCUUCUUCAAAACUUGGUUUUAGCUCCUCCCUUUUACUCCACAAAGCCAGCUGUUCCCAUUUCAGAGUGGCUUGA